AUUCAAGUCAAGACAACGUCAACCAAAAGCUAAAAAACUCGGAGAGAAGAAAGAGAGACAAAAAAUACCUCCGAAAAGCUUAACAAUGGCUUUUUAAGAGAGAGAAAAUUCAAAAAAACUUUUAGAGACCCAAGUUUAGAGAGAGAUAUUAUAGUAUAUAAGUUCUGUUUAGAGAGAGAAAGAGGGAGGGAAGGAAGGAAGGAAGGAAGGAAGGAAGGAAGGAAAGAGGGGGUGGUUGUUGGGUUCUGUUUUGAAUUUGAAGUUAGUUUUGGUGGUGGGAUUGAAUUGUUUAUUCGAUUUGGGGGAUUGAUAGUAUUGGGUCGAAACAAACAAUCAGUUGUUUUGUAUUUGCAUGAGGUGAAGAUCAGGGAUCUUCUUUGGCGUUUCCAAUGGCUGCCCCAGAUAACAUAAUUAUAGGUUCUCAUGUAUGGGUUGAAGAUCCUGAAGUGGCAUGGAUUGAUGGAGAAGUUUUUCGAAUCAGUGGCAAUGAGGUUCAUGUUAAAACCACAAAUGGAAAAACUGUUGUUGCAAAUAUGUCAAAAACUUUCCCAAAGGAUACCGAAGCUCCACCAGGGGGUGUAGAUGACAUGACAAAGCUCUCUUAUUUGCAUGAACCUGGAGUUCUGCAAAACCUGGCUACCAGAUAUGAACUUAAUGAAAUCUAUACAUACACAGGCAAUAUCUUGAUAGCAGUCAAUCCAUUCCAAAGGUUGCCCCAUCUGUAUGACUCUCACAUGAUGGAACAAUAUAAAGGAGCUGCAUUUGGAGAGCUAAGUCCUCAUGUUUUUGCUGUUGCUGAUGCAGCAUACAGGGCAAUGUUGAAUGAGGGAAAAAGCAAUUCUAUUCUGGUUAGUGGAGAGAGUGGUGCUGGUAAAACUGAGACAACAAAGAUGCUCAUGAGAUAUCUUGCAUUCUUGGGUGGGCGAUCUGGAGUAGAGGGACGAACUGUUGAACAGCAAGUUCUGGAGUCCAAUCCAGUUCUAGAGGCAUUUGGCAAUGCUAAGACAGUUAGAAACAACAAUUCAAGUCGUUUUGGUAAAUUCGUUGAAAUCCAAUUUGACAAGAGUGGAAGGAUAUCUGGAGCUGCAAUCAGAACUUAUUUACUUGAAAGGUCUCGUGUUUGCCAAAUUUCUGAUCCCGAGAGAAACUAUCAUUGCUUUUACCUCCUUUGUGCUGCACCGCCUGAGGAUAUUGAAAGAUAUAAAUUGGGGAGUCCAAAAACUUUUCAUUAUUUAAAUCAAUCUAAUUGCUAUGAGCUAGAUGGUGUAAAUGAUGCUCAUGAGUAUCUUGCAACCAGAAGGGCUAUGGACAUAGUGGGAAUCAGUGACCAGGAACAGGAGGCAAUUUUCAGGGUUGUAGCUGCAAUUCUUCAUCUUGGGAAUAUUACUUUUGCAAAGGGAAAAGAGAUUGAUUCCUCAGUUAUCAAGGACGAGAAGUCCAGAUUUCACCUUAAUAUGACUGCAGAACUUCUUAGGUGUAAUGCCCAGAGCUUGGAAGAUGCCCUAAUUAAACGUGUAAUGGUUACACCAGAAGAAGUUAUCACAAGAACUCUAGAUCCUGAGAAUGCAAGUGCUGGUAGAGAUGCUUUGGCAAAGACAAUAUAUUCACGCUUAUUUGACUGGCUUGUAGAGAAAAUUAACAUUUCGAUUGGACAGGACGCAAACUCAAAGUCAAUCAUUGGAGUUCUUGAUAUUUAUGGUUUUGAAAGCUUUAAGUGUAACAGCUUUGAGCAGUUCUGUAUCAAUUUCACAAACGAAAAGCUGCAACAACAUUUUAAUCAGCAUGUGUUUAAAAUGGAGCAGGAAGAAUAUACCAAGGAAGAGAUAAACUGGAGCUACAUUGAGUUUGUUGAUAACCAAGAUGUUUUGGAUUUAAUAGAAAAGAAGCCUGGAGGAAUAAUUGCACUUUUAGAUGAAGCCUGUAUGUUUCCAAAAUCAACCCAUGAAACUUUUGCACAGAAGCUGUACCAGACAUUCAAAAAUCACAAGCGUUUUAUUAAACCAAAGCUUUCCCGUACUGAUUUUACAAUUUUACACUAUGCAGGAGAGGUACCUUACCAAGCCAAUCAGUUUUUGGACAAAAACAAAGACUAUGUUGUGGCUGAACAUCAAGCUUUAUUGACUGCAUCAGAGUGCCCUUUUGUGGCAAGUGUUUUUCCUCCACUGCCCAUAGAAUCAUCGAAGUCAUCAAAAUUUUCUUCCAUUGGAUCACGCUUUAAGCUACAACUUCAAGCCCUGUUGGAGACCUUGAGUGCUACAGAACCUCACUACAUCAGAUGUGUAAAGCCGAAUCAUGUCCUGAAACCUUCUAUCUUUGAGAACUCUAAUGUCAUCCAACAAUUACGCUGUGGUGGUGUUCUUGAAGCUAUUAGGAUAAGCUGUGCUGGAUAUCCUACUAGACGAACUUUUUAUGACUUCCUUAACCGUUUUGGUCUACUUGCUCCUGAAGUUUUGGAAGGAAAUUAUGAUGACAAAGUUGCAUGUCAAAUGAUUCUCGACAAAAGAGGACUAAAAGGACACCAGAUAGGGAAAACAAAAGUUUUCCUGAGAGCAGGACAGAUGGCAGAGUUGGAUGCCAGGAGAACAGAGGUACUUGGUAAUGCAGCCAGGAUCAUUCAACGAAAAGUCCAUACCUAUAUUGCACGCAAAGAGUUCAUUGCAGUACGCGAGGCUGCUAUCAAGUUGCAGUCUUACCUACGAGGCAAUGUGGCCCGUAAAGUAUAUGAAGAGUUGAGGCGGCAAGUGGGGGCUUUGAAGAUCCAGAAGAAUUUCCGCCGAUACACUGUGAGGAAGUCUUAUUUGACACUAAGGACAUCUGCAAUCAAAUUGCAAACAGGAUUAAGAGCAAUGACUGCACGCAAUGAAUUUAGGUUCAGGAAGCAAACCAAAGCAGCCAUAAUCAUCCAGGCUCACUGGCGUUGCUACCAAGCUUCUUUGUAUUACAAAAGUCUUCAGAAAGCUAUAAUAGUUACACAGUGUGGCUGGAGAUGCAGAGUUGCUAGAAGAGAGCUCAGGAAGCUCAAAAUGGCUGCAAGAGAAACAGGGGCUCUUAAAGAAGCAAAGGAUAAGCUAGAGAAGCGGGUGGAGGAACUUACAUGGCGCUUGCAAUUUGAAAAGCGAUUAAGGACUGAUCUUGAGGAGUCAAAAGCCCAGGAGAUUGCAAAACUGCAAGAUUUGUUGCAAGCAAUGCAAUUACAAGUAGAAGAAGCUAAUUCUAUGGUUAUCAAAGAAAGAGAGGCAGCUCGAAAAGCCAUUGAAGAAGCACCUCCUGUCAUUAAAGAAACCCCUGUUAUUGUCAAAGAUACAGAAACGAUUAAUUCCUUAACAUCUGAAGUUGAAAAGUUGAAGGCUUUGCUGCAAGCAGAAAAGCAGAUAGCUGAGGAGGCAAAGCAAGCUUAUACUCUUGUGCAGGCCAAAAAUGGUGAACUGGUUAACAAGCUUGAAGAUGCAGAGAAGAAAGCACACCAGCUUCAAGAUUCUGUGCAGAGACUUGAAGAGAAGCUUUCUAAUUUGGAAUCAGAGAAUCAAGUCCUCCGUCAACAAGCACUUGCCAUCUCACCAACUGGCAAAGCUUUAGCUGCAAGACCUAAGACAACAAUCAUUCAGAGAACUCCUGAGAAUGGAAGUGUCCUAAAUGGUGAAAUAAAGAAAACACUAGCAAGCCCACAGGUGCCUGAGACUGAAGAGAAGCCCCAUAGAUCUCUCAAUGAGAAGCAGCAGGAGAACCAGGACUUGCUGAUAAAGUGUAUUUCACAAGAUUUAGGAUUUUCUGGGGGCAAGCCAGUUGCUGCUUGUCUCAUAUACAAAUGCCUUCUCCAUUGGAGAUCAUUUGAGUUUGAAAGAACUGGUAUUUUUGAUCGACUUAUUCAAACAAUAACCACAGAAAUAGAGGUCCCGGAUAACAACGACGUUUUAUCCUAUUGGUUAUCUAAUUCAUCCACAUUACUGCUGCUACUUCAACAUACACUGAAAGCAAGUGGAGCAGCAAGCUUAACUCCACAGCGACGCAGAGCAACAUCAGCCUCUCUUUUUGGAAGAAUGUCUCAAGGGCUUAGAGGUUCUUCACCAGGUGCUGGUUUCUCAUUCCUUAAUGGUCGGUUGCUUGGUGGAUUUGAAGACCCGCGGCAAGUUGAAGCUAAAUAUCCAGCUUUGCUUUUUAAACAGCAGCUGACAGCCUUCCUGGAGAAGAUUUAUGGACUAAUAAGAGACAACUUGAAAAAAGAGAUUGCUCCAGUGCUUGGACAGUGUAUUCAGGCACCCAGAAAUUCUAGGGCAAGUUUAGUCAAGGGACGUUCUCAAGCUAAUGCUGUCGCUCAACAAGCUUUAAUUGCUCACUGGCAGAGCAUUGUGAAAAGCCUAGACAAUUACUUGAAGACAUUGAGGGCCAACUAUGUUCCUGCAUUCUUAGUUCGCCAACUGUUUAAUCAGACAUUUUCAUUUAUUAAUGUUCAGCUGUUUAACAGUCUGCUUUUGCGGCGUGAAUGUUGUUCAUUUAGCAAUGGGGAGUAUGUUAAAGCUGGGCUAGCAGAGCUGGAACAGUGGUGCCAUGAAGCAACUGAGGAGUUUGCAGGCUCAGCUUGGGAUGAACUGAAACAUAUUAGACAAGCAGUUGGCUUCCUGGUCAUACACCAAAAGCCAAAGAAGACCCUGAAAGAAAUAACAAAUGAUCUUUGCCCGGUGCUUAGCAUACAGCAACUAUACAGGAUCAGUACAAUGUACUGGGAUGACAAAUAUGGCACACAUACUGUAUCUUCAGAUGUCAUCGCAAGAAUGAGAGUUAUGAUGGCUGAAGAAUCAAACAAUGCUGUCAGCAGUUCAUUUUUAUUAGAUGACGACUCAAGCAUUCCAUUCUCUGUGGAUGAUAUCUCCAAAUCAAUGCAAGAAGUAGAGGUCCCUGAUAUUGACCCUCCACCGCUGAUUCGCGGAAACUCUGGCUUCACAUUCUUGCUACAACAUUCAGAAUGAAAGGCCGAUAAUCUUCCAUGUACCUUUCUGUGAUCUUUGCACUUCCGGGUAGAUCAAUCUGCUGCGAAAUAUGUGCAUAUAUAAUUGGUCUUUAAUCUUAGCCCAAUAUGUAAAUAUUGAUGGCGUUUCUGCAUGCAUUUAUGUGGGGGUGUCAAUUCAUUUUUCCUUUUCCUCCUAAAUAUUUCAGUUUAUACGUUUGAUGUUUAUACAAGGGUCAGUUCGACCAAAUUGUGUAGUCCUAUUUUUGGAACAUGGGGAAUUUGGGAGAAGAGGGAUUGGUUUUACAAAAACUAAAACUAAGGUCUUAACCUUAGUAUACCUCUAUGUUAUCCAAUGCAGCUAGAGCUGUGGGUGCAAUUGUGUAGUCGUAUAAUCCAUAAUUCUUUGUAAUUCUUGAAACUUUUGACUGUAAUUUGGAAUGCGGCCGCGUUUUAUAGGCCAAUGCUAGUUGUAUCAAAGUCCGCAAUAAUAUAUGAUUCAUUAAAAA